AACCACAACUUUUACUGCUAGGAAUUCAAGAGGGGAAAUAGGAAGUGUCUCUUUCACUUCCUUUAGUUGGCUGUUACUUUCUUCCCGGAUACCCCGCCCAAUUCCACGUAACUGUUUGACUCAACAGUGUAAUAUUCAGCCGGCACGGGGCACGCCGCGUCAUCGGCGCUCAUGCGAGCAGACGUCCGGCCUCUUCCUUUUUCCAGCUCCGCAGAAGUAGGGCAAAGUAAAACCAAAGCCCCACAGGAAUUUACUGGAGAACAAACUCGGGACAUUAUUUAAAUCGAGAGAAGGAAACUCUUUUGUUUUUAAAGUUUUGUUUAACGUGCAACACUCUGGUGAACAGUCCUGAAGCUUGUUUUUCUCUUCGGCGUCGGAGAUUUUUUCCAGGGUUUAUGCUUCUAUGGCAGACCCUACAUGAACUCGGAUUCAGUCGGUUUGGCCCGUGUGUGUGUGUGUGUGUGUGUGUGUGUGUGUGUGUGUAUAUAUGUGUGGGUUAGAGCCCCACCCGGUCAGGUGAUUGAGGAGUGUCUAAUCACUAGAGCCUGUGGAGAUGCUUUGUUCUAUUCUACCUGUUGGUUUACUGAAAGAUGAUCUCAUGCUCAGCGGUCAACUGAAUCCUGUAUUGAACUGGGACUCUGCUCGGGGACACAUGAUCAAAUAACAUAUGAGGCAUUUAAAAAAAAAUAUCUUUAAGAAGCAACAAACAAAACGUGCUUUUGAUGCUUAAGUUAUAGCUGAGCCGCUUUAUUUAACGACACAAAAAUCGAUUGAAUCGCCUGGUCUCACUUUACCAUGGAAACGCUUUACCGCGAUCGUAAUAGGAUUUUUUUCUUCUAGCAGUUAACAGAGAGAGUGAGAGAGAGAGACUUUACAAAGAAAUUAUAUACUUGUCUGGGAUUAUAGUGGGACAUAACUUUAUAAACUAAUACGAACAAAUAAUAAUAAUAAGAAAAACUAAGAAUCCGCUUUCUAUCGACUAACUCGGAUUGUGUGUGGAAACGCCAUGGCUCUGUCUCAGGUUCAGUGUCUUGAUGACAAUCAUGUGAACUGGCGUCUAAAUGAAUCCAAACCGGAGUUUUUUUACAGCGAGAAUCAGCGGCUCGCGCUUGAAGCGCUUAUCACGAAAGGACGCGACGCGUUUGAUGUCUAUAUGAAGGAGCACGAGCUGCGUCCUUUCCUGUCGGAACCCGAACUCGAGCGGUUGCGUCGGAGCAUAGAAGAUUACAAACCCGGUUCUGAGCAUCAAAAAACAGAUGGUACAGCGGAGGGAGAGGACGGAGCGGUGUCUUUGCAGUACUGGCCGGACCUCUCUGAUAUCUCCAUCCCAAAUCUAGACCUCGGUUGGCCAGACUGCAGUUCUUACCGAGGAGUGACGCGUGUCAAUGUCUACACGCAGCCACCAAUGGACGGACAGACGCAUAUAAAAGAGGUCGUGAGGAAGGCCAUAGCUCAAGCACAGAAGAUGAUUGCUGUGGUAAUGGACGUUUUCACAGAUGUUGACAUUUUUAAGGAUCUAAUAGAGGCUGGAUUCAAAAAGAAAGUAGCUAUAUACAUUAUUAUUGAUUAUGCAGCUUUACAGCACUUCCUACUUAUGUGUGAGAGAGCCAACAUGCACAGAGGACACCUCAAUAAUCUGCGGGUGCGAUGCAUCGGCGGAUCUGAAUUCUACACUCACUCGGCUCAGAAAGUGCAUGGCUCACUGAGUCAAAAAUUCAUGUUUGUGGAUGGAGACCGUGCAGUGUCUGGAUCAUACAGUUUUACAUGGACAGCUUCUCGUUUGGAUCGGAACAUCAUUACAGUCCUGACAGGACAGGCCGUUGAAACUUUUGACAAGCAGUUCCGUGAACUGUACCUGAACUCUCGUGGGGUCAACCUAACCAAGAUCCCAUUGGCAGACCCUCCGGAGCCUGACCCUGUCCCAAUUGCCGUUCCUUCCCCCGUUUCUGUAACCGUUGCAAGAAAAUUAAUUAACCCUAAAUAUGCAUUGGUUAAUGUAGAUGCAGCAAGCAAAGCCUCUUCAGACAAGGCUAGUGCUAAGAACAGUGACUCCAAGAACCCUAUGGUCCAGAUUCCCAAGCCUCAACGGGAGUUGACGGAAGGACCGCAAAAGCACCCAGGACUUGUAGGUCUGCCAAAGGCCAAUCUUAUUCCCUACUUGCCCACCUGGCCAGAGCCAGACCCACCCAGUGAUGUUAUUGGGUUUAUUAAUAUCCGUGAUACAAGCAAGCCAGCACCAGUGCAUUUAAUGCGCUCUCAAAUGUUUGAAACAUCUCAAGCGAUCCGUUUUAAAGACCCAUUCACUGCCCCACCUGAGGAACCGUUACCAGAUAAAGCAAGUCCUCGUCCUAAAACAAAAGAAUUAUCUAAAACAGCAGCUGUAGAUGCAAAUGUUCAAUCAAUUAUCCAACCUCAGGCAGAGACUAACUCUAAUAAUGCCCAUCAAGAUAUACCAACCAAUACAUCCCAUUCACCAAGCCCUCCAAUCCAGCAACAAGACCCCAAACCGAGCCCCCCUCUCCAAGAGCAGGAGUCCAACCCUGAACCAGCAGAGGUGCAGCAGGCUUCAGAAAUGCCUGUGCCCAAGCCACGCACUCUUCAGUUGGUGGUUAAUAGACUGGAGGGCUUUGGAGACCCAGAGGUAACUUUAGUCAGAAGGGAGGAAAACCAAACAAGAAAAACAGACACUCGAGACAACGAUGCUGACAGCACUGCUGUGACCUGUGCACAUUCAAUAAAGGAUAAAGAUGAGAAUUCCACAACGUCAGAUGAAUACUAUGAAUGUACUGACUCCGACAGCAGUGAUAAACUCCCUAACGGAAGAUUAACGGGUUCUGGUCGUGUUGGAGACCAUAGCCCUGAUGUGCUCAACGUGAUGGCCCGCUUCUCUCAAUCCAUGCUGGAUUUGAGAUCGGAUGACAUCAAUCAAAACACUGCUGAGAAAAAUCUGCUGAACAUGCAGAACAGAGACAAAACAAAGCUUUACCAGAUGGUCUCCAGGUCACCUGUUCGAGAAGCUCAUGGCCGGGCCAAAGUGGUGAUUGGUAAACCUGGAGUAUUACAUAGACCCCCUAAAAGCAGUGGACAUGUGAGUGGGGGCCACAGGUACUCACAGGGGAAGAUGUUUGCUGACCUCCCCUCAAAUGGAUCAGGCCAGCAAAAUCUAAAGCGCUCCGGCUUGUCCCCUAGAAGACAAAGCCCUGCCUAUACAAUAGAAGGACAGUGAAUCAGUCAAACUCCCACUCAGUGGCUCAUGCAUUCUCAGUAUCUCUCCCCCUUUCUUCGGACCUCUCAAACAAGUCUCCAUCCCCUCGUAGAUGGGUCGAGACUCGUACACCAUUAGGUAUCUCUUUAUAUAAACUUGCCAGUGUCAAAUAGCUCAGGCAGUAGGUUCCAUUGAACACGUUUGGUUUUGCUUUGGGGAAUAAAUUGUUGACACAGAGGCACAAUGAAAAUUAACCAAUUAAUGGUGGCUUUCUUCCCAGUAUAAAAACAAACAAACAAAAAAAACAACUACUACUUUGUAUUGAGUACAAAGGCAUGAAUGUGCAAUGAUGAUAGCCACCAAUGUCUACUGUUAAAGACUUUACAACUGGAGUUCAACUGGAUCUUUAAACUGACACGAGUGUUAUGGUGGCAAACAAACACUGACACUGAUUGUGAGAAGCAAAACUUGUUACAAGCAGCUUUACUCUUUAUUGACAUGCUUGUGAGUAAUCCGGACUACUGCAAGAAUUUGGUGGUGGAUUUGUGACCAUUGUGAUGGCGAUUUCAUAUUCACCUCAAAAGGACAUUGAAAAGGUUAAGGUACAAACUGAUUUCAGAGCCACUUUGUGCAGUUGUGAAUUGACUGGUUAUGACUGAGACCAUUAGCCAAGAGCCAGACCAAGAAAUUUGAUCCAGACCAAGUUUUGAGCCCCUAACCACAGGACCUAAGAAAUAAGACCCAGACCAAAUCCAAGUUUAUUGGGUUUUGAGGGGACUCUAACUCUGUCAGUAUUUCCAGGAAUUUAGUUUUUUAUAUUUUUGCCUGCUAAUGAGGUCUGAAAAUAAGAACGCUUGUUUUUAAGGAUGUGAUGUGCACUGUACUUAAAAGAAGGAAAGUGUUAAAAUGUUAGUUAUCACAAAUAGUCUUCUAUCAUUUUCCACUCUUAUAAUUUACAUUUUUUUAACAAAUGAGCAAAAAAAGCAAGGUACUUAAAAAAUGCUAGUCUGCACACUGAUUCUCAGAGUUUCUGUGAGAAAACACUUGACUCAUUUACAGACGUUUUUGGUGACUCAAUAUAGUCAAUAUAGCCUCACAGUCUUCUCAUUUGCGUCAAAUUUCAAGGGUCUUCCUAAAAGGCUUUUACCUCUAUCUAAAAUGGCAGUCUUUGUGGCAUCAAGUGAUACAUUAAAAAUCUUAUAGCAGAAUGGAACUCAUAAUGCAAAAUAUAUUUGCAAUCCUGUCCUCCAUGCAAUGCUUUUUACUCUGUAUUGUUAGAAGCAGGGUAGGCUUAUUAU